UUGGGCUCAGCCUUAGGGUUGUGGCUUUGGCGGCUUUUAGAGGGGGAAGCCUCCGCCGAUCGUUCAGCAGCUUUCUUCCAUCCCGGCGAAGAUCCCUGUGGAAUUCCUCGAUCCGCUGCGAAUGGCGACGCUGAAGGACGUGGUAGCCCGGCGGCCCAUUGCCGCCACCAUCCGCCUCACGGUGCCAGCGGGCGGCGCCCGCCCCGCCCCGCCCGUCGGCCCCGCCCUCGGGCAGUACCGGCUCAACCUGAUGGCCUUCUGCAAGGACUUUAAUGCGCGCACCCAGAAGUACAAGCCCGACACCCCCAUCGCCGUUACCAUCACCGCCUACAAGGACAAUACCUUCGAGUUCAUUGUCAAGUCUCCCACCGUCGCCUGGUUCCUCAAGAAGGCCGCCGGCGUCGAAUCCGGCAGCGGCCGCCCCGGUCACGUAGUCGCCUCUUCCAUCACCGUCCGACAUGUCUACGAGAUCGCCAAGAUCAAGCAGGCCGACCCCUCUUGCAAGCACCUUUCUGUCGAGGCCAUCUGCAAGUCUAUCAUGGGCACUGCGCGUUCCAUGGGCAUACAGAUCGUCAAAGAUCUCUGAUCAAUACCGCCGCCCUCGUCCGCUGCCAUGUAGGCACAACAAUUGAUUGGCAACCUUGGCUAGAGAGGGCAGGUUCCUCGUAGAUCAUCAGAAUGUUGUCAGAUAAUACUCAGCUCAUGGCAGAGAUGGUUGGCCAGCUUCAGUUUGAAAGUACACUUCCAGAGAGGUUCCUCACACCCUCUUCCUAUUGCCAUUUAUGAAGUCCAAUAAUUUGUGCAACGGAGAAGAUAACAGGCUAUGAUAUACUUCAUUAGGAGAGAAGUAGAUUUCUUGCUAUUCCAAGAGAGAGCAACUCCAUUACACAUUGUAUUGUCAACCACAAAGCUGGAAUGAAGGUGGGGAUGGUGGUGAGGAACAAGUCUGUUCCAAGUUCUAGCUAAAAUUUGUGUUAGGACAAGGGAAAUUUAAGAGCAUGGUGCUUCCAUAAAACAAAAAGACAUUGUAGAUAACAUUGGUGUGAACAUCAUGUUAGAUGCUAACAUGUACC